GUUGCAAUAUGAAACAGUUUAAGUGCCUCGCGAUCAUUUUGAAUAUUUUAGUCGUAGUGCAAUCCGCAACUAUUUACAAUGAACCACUUGAUAUUCCGGUAGAAAUCGUAUAUAGUGACGAAAUACCUCAUGAAAUAGAUUUUUACCCGUUAGAGAAUGAACGUAGGAAUUUGGCCGAAAGAGUUCAAUUAUCUGAAAGGCAGAUCCGUCAGUUAGUAGCGUCAGGGGUUGAUGUUUUGCGAAAUUUAGACGCUAAAGUGCAAUUAUCACCGGAAGAGUUACAGCAGGCGGGGAAGCAUUUGCCAUUUGAUCAUGAAGAAAGUGUUGCCGCUUUUAAAUCAAACCAAGAAGCGUUGAAAAAUGUUGAAGAAUCAAUUACCCAACUUUCCGUUGAAAGCUCACCGUCAUCUGCUGACCAACCCAAUUCUUCAACCCAAAUUUUUAUUGAUAGCUCCUCAGCAUCGUCAGUUACUGACGAACCCAAUUCUUCGGCAAGUACAGAGGGAACCAUACCAGAUGUAAUCCUUCUAAUUCAAGUAGCCCAAAAUAUAGUCAAUGAAGGGUUAAAGGAAAUUCGGGAUAAUAUCAAUAAAUUUUCGUCGUCCAACUCUUCGAAUUCCAUAAUUAACGAAGCGCAGUGGAAUGCAUUGAAUAGAACACUUUCGAAUUUCUUUUCGGCUUUACUGCAACGUCCAUCGUUAAAAGCAAACAAAGACGGUAUAUUAAAGGAAAUAAUUUCCGGAGUGCAAAGUGCUACAAAUCAAUACGUAAAUAAUUUGAAAAGUGCUAAUGUCUCUCAACCUGAGGGUACGACACCGGCGCCAGGUAUUGGCCAAAACUUUGUCAACUUUGUGUCUUCCGGAUUCCAAAGGUUGACCGAUCGUCUUAAUAGCAUGCUGAAUCGCAACACAACUCCAACCGCUGUGCCAAAUGAAGCCUCUACGUCACCCAGGCCUUUACAAAAUAUCAUUAAUCAAAUUUCUAACUUAAAUCCAUUUAAUCGCAAUACUACUCCCUCGCCGGCAGCAUCAAAUCCAUCCCCAUCAACACUAAGUACUGUGCUAGGUGAAAGUGCCCCCUCUUCAACAACGACUAGGCCUCUGCAGAACUUCAUCAACCAAAUCGCUAAUUUAAAUCCGUUCAACCGAAAUUCUACGUCCAACGCCCCCGCCAUUCAAUCGGUGAGUUCCCAACCAAGUACUGUUCUAGGUGAAAGCGCAGCACCGUCUACAUCUCCUAGGCCUUUACAAAAUUUCAUUAACCAACUCGGAAACUUAAAUCCGUUUAAUCGAAACUCUACUUCUCCGAGUGAAAAUCAUCGAGCAGCAGACACUCCUGAAAGUACAGUUCUUGGUGGAGAUUCACCAUCAUUCAAUAAAGAUUCUUCUUCUAUCUCACCUCCGCUACCAACCGAUUUACCAACGACAAAGACGCCGCUCCAGGCUCUACAAGAAUCAUUCUCGCAAGUAGGACAAGCAAUCGGCAAUUUAAAUCCGUUUAGGCCUACCCCAUCUCCGGGAAGCCAAGGCGAUGUGGCUACAACGAAAUCACCCCUUCAAGCAAUUCAAGAAUCGUUCGGGCAAGUGGGUCAAGCCAUAAGCAAUCUGAACCCAUUCAAUCAAGCAGCGACUCCAGCACCCGGAUCUCAAAGCGAUUCUUCUACCACAAAAUCACCCUUACAGGCCAUUCAAGAAUCAUUUGGACAAGCCAUAAAUAAUCUGAAUCCCUUUAACCAGCUUACCGCCGCGCCUGGAUCGUCAGGGGAUGCUCCGACGACCAAAACGCCCCUGCAAGCAAUACAAGAAACGUUCAAUCAAUUUGGACAAGCGAUUAAUAACCUUAAUCCAUUUCAUCCCCAAUCAACACCCUCCAAUUCGCAAGGUGACCAAGCUACGACCAAAAACCCACUUCAGGCCUUUCAAGAAUCCGUAGGUCAAGUUAUUAACAAUUUAAAUCCUUUCAACCAGCAAUCAACUGGCGCCGCAGGCGAUGCUCAGACUACCAAGACACCGUUCCAAGCGAUUCAAGAAUCAAUUGGACAAGUCGGGCAAGCAAUCAACAACUUGAAUCCCUUCAAUCCAAGGCCUUCGGCCCCUACAACCCAAAGCGAGGGAUCCAGUGUAAGUCCAAUUCAAAGCGCAAUUAACCAAGUGCAGGGUAUUGUUGACAUUAGCUCAGUAAAUCAGGCAAGUACAGUAAUACAAUCGAUUGGUAACCAAGGCGCGCAGGUAAUUGGGAAUCAAACGAUUAUAAACCCAGCCUCGAUUGCUUCGGUCGCCGAUUCAAUUCAAGCAAUCGGCAUUCAAGGCCAACAGAUAUUUAACAACCAAUCGGGAGCGUUUAUCAAUGCCACUGGAGGCGCCAUCGAAAGCAUCCAGACCAUCGGAAGUCAAGGGCAGCAAAUUAUUGACAGUCAAAACAUCGCUGGCAAUGUCUCCAACGCAAUCCAAUCCAUUGAAAGUCAAGGCCAGCAAAUCAUUGAUAAUCAAAGCGUGUCAGGCGGGCUCAGUAACGCAACGAGUGGUGCAAUCGCAGGUAUUCAGUCGAUCGGAAAUCAAGGCCAGCAAAUAAUUAACAGUCAAAACCUAUCAAACGCCUUUAAUAAUGCGACUGCUGGCGCAAUCGAAAGUGCCCAGUCCAUUGGAAAUCAAGGCCAGCAAAUUAUUAAUAGUCAAAGUAUCGCAGGUAACAUCACCGACGCAAUCCAAGCAAUUGGAAGUCAAAGCCAGCAGAUUAUUGACAACCAAAACAUCGCCGCUAAUAUCUCGGACGCAAUCCAGUCCCUUGGAAGUCAAGGGCAACAAAUCGUCAACAAUCAAAAUGUUGCAAACAUUGUCAGUGGAUUUAACAACUCUGCAAUCGAAACCAUACAAGCCAUCGGCAGUCAGGGACAGGCGAUUGUUAACAAUCAAAACAGUGGGUUGGUCGAUUUAAUUAACAGUGCAAGCACCGGUGUGCCACCAAGCGCGGGAAAGUCGGUGGAACACCUGGGAAAGAGCGGCGGUGUAUUCCUAGAGGACGAAGAAAUCAUGAUAGCAUCCGAAUAGACUGAUAACAAUUGCCAUACUUAAGUUAUUAUAGAAUAAGUUAAAAAUAAAUGUAAGUAAAGAAAUAAAGGCAAC